CAUUCAUCGAGAGAAAAAAAAAUAAAAAUGGAACUUAUACCCACGAAGGAGACAAAAUUACACGCUCGAAGGUCGGGUCGCCAUGGAUGACGCAGAAGCAAUUUGGGAAGAGAUCGAGCGGUCUGAGAGCUAUCUUGUCUGCUCCACGUAUGAGGAAGCAUUAGAGAUAGCUUCCUCUGUUUCGAAGCGUAUUUCUCGAAUGAAAACUGGCUGUAAAAAUGAUAUGUUGGAAGCAGCUGGUAUGGUUUUGGUUCAAUCUUUGAAGGAACUUGGAAGGACAUCUCGUAUAGUGGAUGAGCUCAAAUUAUCAUUUUCCUCUGUUGCAGCCAUCCCGGUUAAUGUUCUUUUAACUGGGGCAUGUCUUCAGAUCUCAGAAGGUCUUUCUGAUAUGAAAUGUUUUCUAGCAGAGUUCCUUAACGAGUGGAGUUUAUCGAACGAAGAAAUCUAUGUUCUUGUUGGCUCAAGAAACAUCGAUGACAGAGAACAUUGUGAUGGGCAUGCUCUGUUGACUGUUGAUGAAUAUCUCCAAGUUGUUGAAGUUUACCUACAAAUGCCUUUAGCGAUAGGUUCGAAGGAUAUGGAUCUUGCUGUCUCUUGGGUUGAGAAAGCUGCUUUACCUGAGGAAAAGCGUCAGGUACUUUUGAGGAGGCUAGAUUACUUGCAGUCUCUUAAAGCUGCUAGCUUGUCACAAUCAUCCCCUUCAUCUUUGCUUAAAGAUGACUGUAAUGCACAUUUAUCUUCUUUAGAAGAACAUAAAAAAUCAAGAGCUUCUAAAGCAGCCGUAAGCCCUGGAUACCAUCAAGAUGGAGAUAGUGCUAAUAAUAGAGAAUCGGUUCUUACAAAACCAUGUUUUUGGCCGUUCCGUACCAUGACUUUGAAGUUUGGAAGUACUCGGCUUGUGAUAUCCACUGGAAGGAUUGUGCUUAGCUGCUUGUUAGUGCUGAUAUAUUAUCUAUUGCGAAGGAAACUAGCCACUUUGAAGAGGUUGGCUAAAAAACAAGCAUCGUCCAUAAAGAAAGCAGUGGUAGACUUAUGGCAGCUUGCAUUUUCAUACCAAGUUAACCCUUUAGCUAUGGCUCAACCCCUUUCUGGGCUAUGAUCAAGAUUCUCAGUUCCUGUUUCAGUUGAUGGAUUAUUUUAUUUAUUUAUUUAUUAUUAUUUUUUAUUGUUAUGAACUCGUCUGAUAGAUACUUGUGUUGAUAAAAUAAAAUAAGACGAACACUGUCAAGAAUUCAUAUAAAUAAAAAAUACAUUUAUUUGA